AGUAAUGGUGUUCCACUUCCACCAGAAGACGAUUUGCUCGGUGUCAGUGAAUCAGAUUCUCGAAUUCCCGACACCAACAAAGACAAUGAUUUUGCCUACUUUCCUCCUUCUCUUACUUCUACCGGUUCACCUGUUCGUCACCUUCGAAGCGGUUUGGUCGCGACAGAACACAAAAUCUCCCUUCCGACCAGCACAGCUCCUGUCUUUCACCAAAAAAAUGGCUAUAGUUUUGAUGAGACCCAAUUUUCCGAAAGAGAAAAUUUUGCCGGCUCCCCGCACACAAGCUCCUCGUUGCCAGGAGGUCUGAAUCCCCAUGUAGCGGCAACCUCUUCAAGCUCCUCCCUUCUCCCCAUUGGGAAGGACCUUCGUCAAUCUUCAUGCACUUCCUCUUCCAACAAUAUCUUUCAUGCUGUUCCGCCUCUACUGCCCUCCACGAGUCUUAGGAGUGACCAACGACAAUGGAUUCGUGAGGAGCCGCUCCCGAUUCAGUGCUCUGACGAGGUCCAUGUUCGUCAUCGUCAAAGGACCUCUUCUGUGGCUGCACGACAAAUAUGGCAAGACAGCGAG